CGACAUGAAGUUUUUAAUACUUGGCCUACUUUUUGUAGGCUACGCUGCGGCCUCAGCUCUGGAGUGGACAGAUCCCCUUGCUCGCAUUGUUGCAGGCCAGUUUAUAGACAUAGAGAUAGUACCUUGGCAAGUGUCUUUACAAGCAAAUAACGAACAUGUGUGCGGUGGUGUUAUCUUUGACAAAGAUAUUGUCGUAACUGCGGCACAUUGCGUAUUUCAAAAACGAAGAUCAAGCUUAACGAUUCGGGCCGGUUCGAGCAACUCGUCCUCCGGAGGGCAAGUAGUAGCCGUGGCUGACAUUGUAAUACAUGAGAACUGCAGUCCAACAUUUUUUAAAAACGACAUAUCUGUCUUACUUUUAAAAAAUAAUUUGGAAUUCAAUAAGGCUGUUAAAUCGAUCGAAUUUGCAAACGAAAGUCCUGUCGAUGGCGCCACAGCGCUAGUUUCUGGUUGGGGCGUCAUCGAAGAGUGUCUGCAAUGUUCUUCCAAUAUUUUGAAAGGCAGUACAAUGAAAAUUAUUGGGCGUAACGAAUGCAUCUCAAAUAAGUACCACUAUGGCGAUUUCGUCGCACCUGAUUGCAUUUGUGCCUAUACCCGAGGUGAGGGUCCUAGUGGUAGGGAUUCUGGAGGACCACUUGUUUCCAAUGGCAAACUUGUUGGGCUUGUGUACUGGGGAAUUGGCAGCGGUCGGAUUGGCUAUCCGACUGUUUUUACAGAUGUGGCUGUACAUCACAAGUGGAUUUUAAAUACAGUCGCUAAGCUAAGAAAACGGAAUCCUAAACAAAUUAGUUAAAAUAAUUAAUAUUUCAAUGUUAAUAUGAAAAUGUUAAUAAAUUUGAAAUAUUGAACAUCUCUUUUGUCUGCA